CUGUGCUCACGAACUGCCUCCAAUCACAAAUGCAUUUCCCAUGGUUGGGCCUCCCCUUUCGUCAUUUCCGGUAUCUGACCACCCCCCAGUACCCAUCAGCACUUGCGACGCGACGCUCAGCUAGGCAGCUUUUGCCCCGGCGCGGGUUUCCGGGCAAUUGCAAGCGAAUGUGCUGUCACCAAUGUGAGGCUGACUUGGCGCGCGGCCCGGAGCCGGAACGCCGCGGCGGCUGAUGAAUGGUAGAUGCCGGGCCGGCUGGUUCAUGUGGAGCCUUCUGUGGGGGGAGCUACGAGCCGCUGCCGGCCCGAGGAGGCUCCUCUGCCGAUCGGCCGCUUUCCUCAGCAGCGGCGACGCGGUUUGUCCCGGCCCUGCCCGCGGAGCCCCGCCUGGCCACAUGGAGCGGGCUGUGGUGCGCUGCGUCCCGUCGGAGCCGAAGAUGAGCCUGUGGUUCGUGCUGUGUGACGGGAGCGCCAAGCACAUGCAGCGGGACCAGACGGAGCCGCUAGGCCGGGCCUUGGCCCGCAUCGCCACCAACGCCGGCAAGGGCCACGCCAAGGCGGCCAAGAAGAGCAAGAAAGCUCGGGCGGAGGCGGGACCGGCCGGGGAGCCGGUGGCGACGGCGCCGCUCGCCGUGCGCCUCUUCUCGCGGGACGGGGAGUCGGUGGCUGAAGACGUGUCCAAUGCCGAGGCCUGGCAGGACGGCGCCGUGCUGCAGAUCGGCGAAGUCAAGUACCAGGUAGAGCGGAACCCGCCCUCCGUCACCGAGCUCCAGCUGCCCCGCUCGCUGCUCGCCGGCUUCCCCGUCUGCCCCAAGAUCCACACCGAAUUCGGCGCGCCCCAGCACUGUCUCUUCCGCUGGUACCGGGAGCAGCCAGGGGGCGGCGGGGACGAGCCCUCCCCGGGGGGCGCCGUCUGGGUGGAAGCCCCCGUCAGGGACCGCGUCUUCACGCCGACCAACGCGCACAUCGGACUGCGCCUCAAGCUCCACUGCACCCCGGGCAACAGCCAGCAGCGCUACGGGCUCCCCCGGGAGGUGGAGAGCAGCGGCCCCGUGGAGGCCGGGCCCGGCGCCUGUACCUUCGACUCCCGGCACCUCUACACCAAGAAGGUGUCCGGGGAAGGCUUAAUCCGCACGGUCUCCUACAACGUUCUGGCUGACAUCUAUGCUCAGACCGAGCACUCGCGGACCGUGCUCUACCCCUACUGCGCGCCCUACGCGCUGGAGCUCGACUACCGGCAGAACCUGCUCAAGAAGGAAUUGGCCGGCUACAGCGCCGACCUCAUCUGCUUGCAGGAGGUGGAUAAGUCUGUCUUCGCUGAUAGCUUGGCCCCGGCGCUGGACGCCUUCGGCCUCGAAGGGCUCUUCAGGAUCAAGGAGAAGCAGCAUGAAGGCUUGGCUACUUUCUACCGCAGGGAUAAGUUCACCUUGCUUAGCGAGCAUGAUAUUGCCUUCAAUGAGGCCCUGGUCUCUGACCUACUGCACAAGGAGCUGCGGGACAAGCUAGCCCCCUACCCCUUAGCCCAGGAGAAGGUGCUGCAGAGAUCCUCUGUGUUGCAGGUUUCAGUUCUUCAGUCUACAAAUGAUCCUUCGAGGAAGAUUUGUAUAGCCAAUACUCAUCUGUACUGGCAUCCAAAAGGUGGAAACAUCCGUCUCAUCCAAAUUGCUGUAGCUUUGUCUCACAUUAGGCAUGUUACAUGUGAUCUAUAUCCUGGCAUACCUGUCAUUUUCUGCGGUGAUUUUAAUAGUACACCUUCAACUGGAAUGUAUAGUUUUAUCAACAGUGGCAAUAUUGCUGAGGAUCAUGAAGACUGGGUCUCUAAUGGAGAAGAAGAAAGAUGCAAUAUGUCUCUAACUCAUCCUUUCAAACUGCAAAGUGCUUGUGGAGAACCUGCUUAUACAAAUUAUGUUGGUGGGUUUCAUGGAUGCCUGGACUACAUUUUCAUUGACAUAAAUGCUUUAGAGGUUGAACAAGUAAUUCCAUUGCCAAGUCAUGAAGAAGUUACCACCCAUCAGGCCUUGCCAAGUGUCUCUCAUCCCUCUGAUCAUAUAGCAUUAAUAUGUGAUUUAAAGUGGAAAUAAGACUAACAUUUGCAUGACAUUUGUUCCAGGCCUUUAAACAAGGAAUUUGUUUACUUUAGGGGAACUUAACUUGUAUCCCAGCUUAUAUGUAACUUUAUAAAGACAGAAGCUAGACUGAUUAUUGGAAAAAAGUUCACAUGCCUGUCAUUUCGAUUAUAAAUUUCUUAUUGAGCGUUUUGUCUGACUGUUCAUAACAUUUGCAUGACAUAGCUUCUCCAUUCCCUUUUUCUACACUAAUAGGAAGUCCAAAUAUAUUUAAAACAGAUGGGGAUGUUUUAAAAAAAGAAAAAAGUUAGAUUAUCAUACCUUUUUAUAGGUGUUUUUAACUGAUUAAGAGAUUAUUUUGUUACAGAUGUAUGAAUAAUCUAAUUUCUAUAAAAGUACACGUGAACGGAACCCUGUUUAUAUAAUUCAGAAUAGGAUAUAAAAGAGGGUAAGCAAAUGACUUGUGUUGAAUGAAAUCAAAACUACUUUCAGUGCAGGACAAGUGUCACCACCUUCUUUUUAAAUACUCAAAAAUAUAAAUUUAUUCAUUAAGCAUUCCUGAUGCUUCCCUAGGCUUUAGCGAGCUGCAUGUUCAGUGUACUUCUACUUUUUUUGACAAGAUACUUUCUGACCAGAGACCAACAUCUGAAUAAGACUUGUACAAUCAACAUAAAACCAUAUUAAAUUUUAGGAUUAAAAUGGUUUCGGGAACAGUGUCUUUGCCCACUUAAUGUAUUUGUAGCCACUGAAAGGCUCUUUAAAAUAAAUGAAAAAAUCAGAUUUUAAGACCAGUUGUUGAUUAUUGUAAACCAGUAUCAAGUUUACUAAAAAUAAAAAUGUAAGAACUAUAUUUACUUUUGAGUAUUGAUUCCUGCUGUUAUCUAGUCUUAUAUCUAGCAUUAGAAAACAUACUAAAAGUUUUAGGUCAGUUUCCUAACAGUUUGGAUGGGAAGGAGCUUUUUAAAUUUUACUUGCCAGUUUUUGAUUUGCAGGAAAGAAUUAGUUUCUUCUGGAGAACAAUUUCUUCCUGGUUUGGGGGGAGGGGAAGAAAAUAACACUUCACAUAAGUAAUAUGUAUCUAAUUCUUUGGGUGAAAAUGCUUAAAGGUGACUUGCAAAGAUUUUUAAAAGUUGGAUUUGCUCUAUUUUUUCCCAUCAUAAAGAAGGCCUACUUGCUCACAUUUUUCAAUUUAGCAAUAUCAAGUCUAGUCUUUCUUGGAGAAUAUUUGAGAUGUCUAAGGAUGUACAUUACCAUAAUAAUAUAAUUGGAGAUAUACCUAUCUCCUAGAACUGGAAGGGACCUUGAAAGGUCAUUGAGUCCAGCCCCCUGCCUUCACUAGCAGGACCAAGUACUGAUUUUUGCCCGAGAUCCCUAAGUGGCCCCCUCAAGGAUUGAACUCAUGACCCUGGGUUUAGCAGGCCAACGUGCAAACCACUGAGCUAUCCAUCCCCCCCCACUUAAUGUAAAGAGUUAAUUAUUUAAACACCCACUACCCAUGGCUUCCUUUCUCCAAAAUGUUGGUCAUGGAAACUGAAAAGAUUCUGCAAACAAAAGAUUUAUACAAUUUUACUAAUGCUUCUUGUUUCAGUUGAUAACUUUCCCUUAACUCCAGAUAUUAUUGUCCUCAUUUGACUAGUUUUCUGGUUAUUAGUGCCUUCCAGGGCAAAACAAGCUCUGAAUGUCUAAUGCUUAAAAAUCAAGUAGAAUUCUCACCCCUAUCCACAAUGAAAAGGCACAUAUGCAGAUAGGAACACUAGAAAUGCAUUAGAAGAGUGUGGCUUCCUCAUAGUGCAAAAGUUAAACUGAAUAUUUAAAAUGAAAAAAAUUACUAAACUGAAAACUAUGGGGAUGUACAGACUUAGGACAUCCAAAAAACCUUACCUAACUCUGCUCUUAUUGCUUGACCCAAGGAACAACCAAACAGUGCAAACUAAUCUGACACUCAAACAAGGUCCAUACAUAUACCUCAUAAUAAUAAUAAAUACAGUGGUAGCAUUUUCAUAGUACUAUACAUGCUGAUACGGGCAAUUGUUCCGUGGUGUUUUUAAAAAUGUGAUGUGUGAGCCUCCGAUGAGCUGAACCCUUAAUUAUGUGACGGUUGGUACCAGUCAAACUAGUAUGGGAGGGGUCUAAGUAUUGCCACUCUCCUUGGCACCUCAUGGGCUGUAGAGCCUCCUCACAGGGUAGGUGGCUGCUGCUAGGCAAGGAUAGGGACUGAAGCUGUUACAGCCUCCAUGGUGGGAGAGAGUAGAAAGAACAGGCCAGGAGAGGAACUCCUUUCUCUCACCAAGAGAAAUGGGAGGAAAGUCCUAGGGCCCAAGCACAUGCACUGUUACCUCUCCCUGGACACACUAUUAGAAUGGAGCCUUCCCCCUUGUGACUGGUGCUGGUGAUGGGAGUAGAGACAGACACUGCUGCUGCUGGAACAGCCAGCAGCAAACUUUUACUUUCCAGCCCUCAGAGCCUUUUCUGGUGUCAGAAGUGACUUCCUGGAAUUCUUCCAUUGAGGGGAAGAGAGAUGAUUCUUAGAAGGGAAUGAGUGCAGCAGGCCUAAGCUGAGGGGCUGGAUUUCACCUAUGGGUGGGAUGAUGGUGGGGAAAUAUGGGUUAAGAGGGUUGCUGACCAUGGAAAAUUAAUACCCACUGUACAUUACUACUAUGAGCACACAACUGGUGUGGAUUACUGUGGGAUGUUACUAUAACUUAUAACCUGCUGCUCUCAAUUUGUUUUCAUUUGUUGCAUUUUAUAUUUAGAUUGUAAGCGCUUGAGUAGGGAGUGUUUGUGAAGCUUUUGGGUGCUCAAAAAUAAGUGAUGAAAGAUCAUUUUGAAUCAGACUAAUGUACAUAUGUAAAAACAAAUGCCACAGGUACAUGUUUCUACCACCCUGCUUACCAGCUAUGUAUCCAUUGCACCUUGCAUGUAAGAUAUUUUGAUUAAAGAUGUUUUCU